AUGUCAUGCAUCGUACUCAUACUCGCGCUCGUACACGCGGCCCAACAAAAACGUUUUGAUAAGCUUGUUAGAAGCAUACACAUGGCCACAUAUGAUCGUUACUACAACGAUCAUAUGGAAUGGGAGGUUAGAAACUGCAAUGACACCAAUCGAUCGACGCGUGGUUAUUUUAGAGAUUUGCUACCUGACAUAUGCCCGAUGUACCGAUCAACUAGGAAAGAGUGUUUGAAAGAGCGGAGAGCCGGUAGUGGAACGGAGUGUGUGAUUCUUUCGACCGGAACGGGCGGUACGGGUAUGAGUGGCAACACAAAUGGUAAUGAGGAUGUAAAUAAUAGAAGCGAGCACCUGAGUUGUGAAGAGAAUGGAACGGAAAUUUGUGCACAAGCGGUUGAAAAUAGGCUGGGCGUGUAAUUCUGAUGAGAUGAAAGACGAGUGGGUGCUAAGCGAUUUCUUGGACAAGCCGUAGUGGGAAAAGUGGUGAUAAUUACAAGCAUAAGAAUUUAAAGCAAGUUUAAUUGGCGCAGUACCAACUUAGCUCUGGGCUAUCAUUGGUGAUGAGGAUAAUUGCUAAAUUAAUUCUGAGCUGCAAUACGUUCACAGCCCAUUGUUAGGCUAUGUCUGUGCACAGCCCCAUGCCAUCAUGAGAAACGUAAUGUAGCGGAUCGCUAUUGCCUCACAUAAAGUCGUGAUACGAUGAUUUGCCACUCAAAUUUCUUCGUUAAAAAUAAUUUUUUACCAUCUCAUCUAUUCAAUACACUGCUCUGAACCGUUUGGCCGAACAUACAUGCCUUUGAUCCAUGGAUUUACUUCCUAGGUGUGCCUUUCAA